AAGAUCAUUGGCUCCACACAGGGGAAGAUGUCUGCAGCAGGAAAUAAUCCUUUUCAGCAUAUAGUGGAGCCUCUCAGCCCAGAGGCACCAAGCCAGAAGUUUUUCAACCUGCCGAAGCUCGGAGAUCCCAGAUACGAGAGUCUGCCGUUCUCCAUCCGGAUCCUGCUGGAAUCGGCCAUUCGAAACUGUGACGAGUUUCUAGUCAAGAGCUCGGAUGUGGAAAACAUCCUGAACUGGAAGGAAACCCAGAGCCGGAGUGUGGAGGUGCCGUUCAGGCCGGCUCGUGUCAUCCUGCAAGACUUCACCGGGGUUCCUGCUGUGGUGGACUUUGCGGCCAUGAGGGACGCUGUGAAGAAACUAGGUGGAGACGCAGAGAAGAUCAACCCCGUCUGUCCCGCUGACCUCGUCAUCGAUCAUUCCAUCCAGGUGGACUUCAACAGGAAGGCCGACAGCCUUCAGAAAAAUCAGGAUCUGGAGUUUGACCGGAACAGAGAGAGAUUCCAGUUUUUGAAGUGGGGCUCCAAGGCCUUCAAGAACAUGAGGAUCAUUCCUCCUGGCUCAGGAAUCGUUCACCAGGUCAACCUGGAGUAUUUGGCCCAGGUGGUGUUUAAUCACGACGGCUUCUGCUACCCAGACAGCGUGGUGGGCACAGACUCCCACACCACCAUGAUCGACGGUCUGGGUGUUCUGGGCUGGGGUGUGGGAGGCAUUGAGGCGGAGGCUGUGAUGCUGGGCCAGCCAAUAAGCAUGGUGCUGCCUGAGGUGGUGGGAUACAAACUGCACGGGACUCCAAACAAGUUCAUCACCUCCACUGACAUCGUCCUCACGGUGACAAAGCACCUCCGCCAGGUGGGCGUAGUGGGGAAGUUUGUGGAGUUCUUCGGCCCCGGAGUGGCCCAGCUGUCUAUCGCUGACAGAGCCACCAUCUCUAACAUGUGUCCCGAGUACGGUGCCACGGCGGCGUUCUUCCCAGUGGACAACGUCAGUUUGAAGUACCUGGAGCAGACCGGACGGGAACCCGACACGUUGGCCUACGUUGCCAAAUACCUGAAGGCAGCGGCCAUGUUCAGAGACUACAAUGACGUCGCUCAGGAUCCAGAUUUCACUCAGGUGGUGGAGUUGGACCUCGGCAGUGUGGUUCCUUGCUGCAGCGGCCCCAAAAGGCCGCAGGACAGGAUCCCUGUUUCUGAGAUGAAAACAGACUUUGACACCUGUCUGGGAGAAAAGCAAGGAUUCAAAGGUUUCCAGGUGGCCCCCGAACACCACGGCGCUGCCAUCCCCUUCCUAUUCAACGAGAAGGAGUAUAUGCUGAGUCACGGCUCGGUGGUCAUUGCUGCAAUCACCAGCUGCACCAACACCAGCAACCCGUCCGUCAUGCUCGGAGCAGGACUCCUAGCAAAGAAAGCAGUGAGCCGUGGUCUUAGUGUGAAGCCGUAUAUAAAGACCAGCCUGUCCCCCGGCAGCGGAGUAGUGACCUACUACCUGAAGGAGAGUGGCGUUAUGGACUACCUCUUUCAGCUGGGCUUUGAAGUCGUUGGCUACGGUUGCAUGACGUGUAUCGGAAACAGUGGUCCGCUCCCAGAUUCAGUGGUGGAGGCCAUAACCAAGGGGGAUCUGGUCGCUGCGGGGGUCCUGUCAGGGAACAGGAACUUCGAAGGCCGAGUCCAUCCCAACACAAGAGCCAACUACCUUGCUUCUCCGCCGCUGGUCAUUGCUUAUGCAAUAGCUGGAACGGUGAGGAUAGACUUCGAAAAGGAACCUAUUGGGACCGACCCCGAGGGCAGACCGGUCUUCCUGAGGGACAUCUGGCCCACUCGGGAUGAGAUCCAGGAAGUGGAGAGAAAAUUUGUCAUCCCGUCGAUGUUUAAAGAAGUCUAUGAAAAAAUUGAGAAAGUGAAUGAACGUUGGAACUCUCUGGUUGUUCCCUCAGACAGUCUGUACACCUGGGAUGAUAAAUCAACCUACAUCAAGUCGCCGCCGUUCUUUGAUGGAUUGACCAUGAAGCUGCCGCCUCCAGAGUCCAUUAAAGACGCCUAUGUGCUGCUGAACCUGGGUGAUUCUGUCACAACCGACCACAUCUCUCCUGCAGGCAACAUCGCCAGGAACAGCGCCGCCGCCCGCUACCUCUCCGACAGGGGCGUGACCCCGAGGGAAUACAACUCGUACGGCUCCCGCCGAGGAAACGACGCCGUCAUGGCCAGAGGGACGUUUGCUAACAUACGCCUCUUCAACAAAUUCCUGAAAAAGCAGGCGCCUCAAACCAUCCACUUUCCCACCGGAAAAACGCUUGAUGUGUUUGACGCUGCAGAGAUGUACAAGCAGUCUGGUGUCCCUCUGCUGGUUCUGGCUGGGAAGGAGUAUGGAUCUGGGAGCUCCAGAGACUGGGCAGCAAAGGGCCCCUUCCUGUUGGGGAUCAAAGCGGUUCUAGCAGAGAGCUAUGAAAGAAUCCACCGCAGUAACCUGGUUGGAAUGGGGGUGAUUCCUCUGGAGUAUCUCCCAGGAGACAAUGCUGAGAGCCUGGGGCUGACGGGCCAGGAGCGCUACACCAUCCUCUUCCCCGAGCUGCUCACGCCGCGCAUGAUGGUGGACGUGAAGCUCGACACGGGGAAGACCUUCAAGGUGCUCGUGAGGUUUGACACGGAUGUGGAGCUGACCUACUUCCACCACGGAGGGAUUCUCAACUACAUGAUCCGCAAGAUGUCACAGAACUGAUCCGUCGGGUUGUUCUGACUUGCUGGAGUUCCACUUACAGACGUACUAAUCAGUUCAGCAAAGUGGGAUGGCCAGUUUCCCUCCUGAUUAGUUCUGAAUGGCAAUCGGUUGAGCUAACACUGAAGAAAUCUGUACCAAUUUUAAUAUUUCAGAUUUGUAAUCAGAACUAUUUAGACUGGAUUAAACUGUUUAGGUUGGACCAAACUCUGAGCUGGGACCAGGGGUUGUUCAUGCUGAACAUGUCAUCUCUCGCUUAACCUCUGCUGUUUUGUCCGUUGAUUGUAUAGACUGGGAUGUUUCUAUGAUUCAUCAUAGAGCUUUAUGCUAAAGACGUAAAAAUAAAA